GUAUUUUCCUCAGAUCGUUCAUGACAGUCGAGCAUUUUGCACUGUCUGCGGAGGAGAGUUUUCAAGGAGUUGACAUACAAUUCAUUGUUUCUACUUGGGGUCCGGAACAACUUUGGCAGCGGGGACCUGAUCUUACCAUACAGAACUUAUAGGCUUCAACUCCUUAUUUUCUUGAACGCAGAAAGAAGUCGCCCGAACGGUUAAAUUCGAAGGUGUGUUUUGUGAUGGAACAGUGAUUAUUGAAUCUUCUUCCUCAACCUUUCAACAUUGCCUCUUCUCCUCAUCAUCUCUUCUCCUCAACCUCGUCGUUGAUUCAACUCGCCCAUCAUCUUAUCCGACCUCCCCCCGAAAUUUCCGACGAUCUUGAGUUUGACGAAAGUAUGCCAGAUAAACAAUUCACAACUUUAACAUAUGCCGCGGGCGCCUCUCUAGCUGCAAUCACACUCGUCUAUGUAUUUGCGCCAACCUUCCUAAUGGACGAACAAAACUCGUCAUCCAAUACGAGGAAGAAAGGAGUGGUAGGAUUGGUCAAUACUGCCAAUGAUUGUUUUAUAAACUCAGUACUCCAGGCCCUCGCUGGUUUAGGAGACCUACGCAUAUAUCUGAUCAGGGAAACACAUAGAAGGGACUUGGAUAGCUCAGAGGUAUACAGUCGGAUUGUGGAGGACCCGGCGCGGCAGGGUUUACCAGCAUGGAAGAUAGAAGGUCUACAAAAGGGCUUAGUUACCACGGGACUGAAAGACAUUCUGGACGCAUUGAACGAAAGACCUCUGUACAAAAAAACGAUAUCUGCUGGGCCAUUUGUAACUGCACUAGAAGCUGCUUUCAAGCAGAGGAUUAGCCGGCAACAACAGGACGCGCAGGAGUUUUUGCAAGUAGUGGCUGAGAGAUUAAACGAUGAGUACCAUGCAGGUCACAGGGCAAGAAAUCACGCAAGGGAUUUAGAAGCUGCCACUGCAGAAUUGAACACUUCAAAUAAAGGGACUGUGAAUGAAGAGCUGGGCCAGCUUAAUUUGAAUGAUAGCGAUACGCCCGAGACCAGCUCUCCUGCGACAAAAGCGCCAUCGGAUUCUUCUCAUAACUCAGAAAACGCAAGCUCAACUCUGUCAAGGUCGCCUCAGCAAGGCGGAGAGCCUGAUAGUGACAUUGAUAAGGAAGAUGGGUUCCCAUUCGAAGGUGGUUCCGAGUCACAAAUUGAAUGUUUAACCUGUGGUUUUAAACCAAGGCCUACACAGACAACAUUCUGUUCUCUUACAUUGACUGUUCCUCAGGCCACAUCUACCACAUUAAAUGCAUGCUUUGAUGGAAUGUUUAAAACAGAAUAUAUUGAGGAUUUCAAAUGCGAGAAGUGUAGAUUAUUACAUGCCUUGGAAACCUUCGAAGAGGAAUACUCUCGAUCAAAUUCUCAAAAAUUCAAGGAGAAGACUCAAAUAUCAAUCGACAAACUGAAGGCUGCUAUAGAGACAAACCCCGAAGAGGAGCUUCUCGACGUUGAACUACCAGAUUCGAGAUUUGCUCCCAAGCGAAAAAUUGCCAAACAUGUCCGUAUUACCAAAUUCCCAAAAGUCAUGGCGAUUCAUCUGUCAAGGUCAAUCUUCGACUCCAGAUCAACGACGAUGAAGAAUUCUGCCAAAGUGGCAUUCCCCGAACAGCUCCCACUUGGAGGUUUAUUGGACCGACGAAAGUACAAACUUCUUAGUCUAGUCUGUCACAAGGGGAGUCACCAUAGUGGACACUAUGAAUCUUUCCGGAGACAAAAUAUUGUCGCUCCAUUUUCAACCCCAAAUACUUUCCAGCCAUCAGUGGCGUAUGCCAGAUCUUCAACCCAUACCCCUUCAUUACCUUCGACCCCUCAAACAAGUGCUACUCCAAGGGAUGAUGGUGAUAACACGACACUCUCAUCGACUCCAGAAUUAUUGUCCUCAAAGACGGCCUCUACCACAUCUCUUUCAAAUACAAACGGGCGCCAUUCAUUAGACUCUUCACUCAACAAUAAACAUCUCUCUGGUGUCAAUCCAACAUCAGCCAGUUCCAUUGCGUCGUCAUCUAAAACAGCGGGUCCCACAUCAGCUCCCCAUGACUCUGAUACUGGUAGCAUCCGCUCCUUAGGACGUUCGGCUCGGAAAACUCUGUCUAAAGUUUCCAGUACAAUUAGUCGAUCAUCCCCUGCUUCAUCUUCGCCCAACCUGUCUCCGUCCAAUCCAGAAAUCAGCCGGGCAUCAUUGACAGAAACAGUUCGCACUAGGCGGAAAAAGAAGGUGGUUGAAAGAUGGUGGAGAAUCAGCGACGAAAAGAUAAAAGAGAGCAAGACUAGUGAGGUUUUGGGCAUGCAAAAGGAGGUUUAUAUGUUGUUUUACGAGCUGGAGCGGGGAGAGGAAGAUCCAUAAAAGCAUUUUGGGGAGACGCGUUGCAUAAGAAUAUAGGAUUUGGGCUAUAUUUUGUAUAUUGAUUGAACAUGUAUUUGAUACCGGAAGCUGGUUUGAACUAAAUAGAUGGACAUUAGGUAGUCCCAGCGAGGAAUUUUCACUAUAAAGCGCUGGGAGAUUACA